AUGACUACCGAACGAAGAAACUUCACGUCAUCCCUCUCCUUUGCCAAAAAGCACUCGAGUGGCGAUGCUUCCGGGACGCACACACCUACCUCCACCAAACUCAAGAACUUCUUCCGUAUCAACAGCAGUGGUAGCCAGACUUCGUUAGGCGCCGACGGCCUCCCUACACCAAAAACCGAGAGCAAGCCUAAGCAACCUAGAUUCUUGGCAGGUUUGGGCAGGAAUCGCUCGACAACGGUCGCCAGCGAAGGUAACGCUCUUGACGAUGCGGUUUCUCCAACCGCACAUGCCAACCCAUACUUCGCUCACCAGGGCCCUCCCGUGUUGAGACACCACAACGAAGGCAGCGUACCGCCGUCUCCACCGGAUACUCCGAAGAUCAAUGUCAAUGGUGCCAGUCCGACAAGUGAACGAGCGGUUACCGCUGGGAAGGAAGAGCUGGCGAGGAAACUGAGAAGAGUGGCAUCGGCACCCAACGCGCAAGGCAUGUUUAGCAGUUCAAAACCUCCGGAUGAGCGCCCUGGCAGCGCUCAACUUGGAAAAGAGCCAGUUAUUGUCGAAACUGGGUCUCAGCCAAAGUUGAGCAUGGUAGGCACGGAAAAAUCGGCAACUUCCAUGCCAGAUAGCACAUCCAAGAUACCAACACCCGGUCAGAUCAGACAAUCGGUCGCCUUCCGUCGGACAUACAGCUCCAACUCUAUCAAAGUCAGGAACGUCGAAGUGGGGCCCGGAAGUUUCGAUAAAAUCAAGCUCAUUGGCAAGGGCGAUGUUGGCAAGGUGUACUUGGUGAGAGAAAAGAAGUCCAACAGACUCUACGCCAUGAAGGUAUUGAGCAAGAAAGAGAUGAUCAAGAGGAACAAGAUCAAGAGAGCUCUCGCCGAGCAGGAAAUUUUGGCCACCAGUAAUCACCCUUUUAUCGUUACCUUGUACCACUCAUUCCAGUCAGAAGAUCACCUUUAUCUCUGCAUGGAAUACUGCAGCGGAGGUGAAUUCUUUCGAGCUUUGCAAACGAGGCCCAACAAGUGUGUGGGAGAAGAGGACGCUCGUUUCUAUGCGGCAGAAGUAACGGCCGCUUUGGAGUACUUGCACCUAAUGGGCUUUAUAUACCGCGAUCUGAAGCCUGAGAAUAUUCUUCUACAUCAAUCUGGCCAUAUCAUGUUGUCCGAUUUCGACCUAUCGAAACAGUCCGACAGUGGCGGUGCGCCGACCAUGAUUCUCGGCGUCCGCAACGGCACCAACACGUCUGGAUAUCCUCUGGUUGACACCAAGUCGUGUAUUGCAGAUUUCCGAACGAACUCAUUCGUUGGUACCGAGGAGUACAUAGCACCAGAGGUGAUCAAGGGUAAUGGUCACACCAGCGCUGUCGAUUGGUGGACUCUUGGUAUACUAAUCUACGAGAUGUUAUUCGGCACAACACCAUUCAAGGGCAAGAAUCGUAAUGCGACUUUUGCCAAUAUCUUGAGAGAUGAGGUACCGUUUCCCGAGCACUCGGGAUCCAACCAAGUAUCAAACUUGUGCAAGUCAGUCAUCCGCAAGUUACUCAUCAAGGAUGAGAUGAAGCGACUAGGGUCUAGAGCUGGCGCCUCGGAUGUCAAGAGCCAUGCUUUCUUCAAACCCAUCACGUGGGCGCUCUUGCGUCACAUGAAGCCCCCGAUGAUUCCGCAUCAAGGGCGCGCAAUCGACACUGUCAACUUCAGAACUGUCAAAGACAGCGGUAGUGUUGAUCUCGGAGGCAAUGGACCGGCGGGUAAGUUGAGAGGAGUGCCUCUGGACUCUGGCAUGGCUACUCCUGGUGGAGAAAUUCCCGAUCCUUUCCUCGAGUUCAACAGCGUGACCCUCCACCAUGACGAAGACUUGACGAUGCAUGAUGGCCGUUGA